AUGAAAUUCGACAGCAUACUUGCAGAACUGAACGGAUUUGGAAAAUUCCAAAUCAGGCUAAUCUUGAUUCAGACACUCUCUCAAGUCACUCUGCCGUGUCACUUCCUGCUGAACAACUUCAUGGCAGCUGUUCCCUCUCACCACUGCAACAUCAGUGCUCUGGAUGAUGGAGGCAUCUUUAGAAAUUUAACUUUACCCCAGAAACUGGCUGUUGGUAUUCCAGCAGAGCAGGAUGGGACUCGGAGCUCAUGUCAGAUGUUUUCAAAGCCUCAGUAUCAAUAUCUGUCAGACUCAAACAGCAGUGAGGCUACAUCUCGUGUCCAGUGUCAUAAUGGAUGGGUGUAUGACAACAGCACCUUUAAAUCUACUAUUGCCACAGAGUGGGAUCUUGUGUGCAGCAGAAAAGGGAUGAACCAGGCAACUGCCACCAUUUUCUUCGCUGGUGUGAUGGCUGGAGCCCCUUUAUUUGGAUUUCUCAGUGACAGGUUUGGCCGACGGCCCCUUCUGCUGGUAUCUUACUUAUCAUCCUUGACGUUUGCAGUGCUGAGUGCAUUCUCAACAUCGUAUAUAAUGUUUGUCAUCAUGAGAUUUUUUACGGGGCUGUCACUCGCAGGAAUAAGUAUCAUCUCUCUUGUUUUAACUAUUGAGUGGUUUAGCAUCGAUCACAGGACUUUCGCUGGUAUAAUCAUAAGCUUGGAUUGGACACUGGGGAGCUUUCUUAUGGUUGCAAUAGCAUAUUGUGUAACUGAGUGGAGGAUGCUCAUUCUGGCUGUGAGCUCACCCCUGAUUUUGGCCACUAUUGCUUGGAGGUGGUUACCAGAGUCUGCUCGGUGGCUCGCAGCAAAUGGGAAGGCAGAUGCUGCUCAUCAUUACAUCAUGAAAUGUGCUGAGAUGAACAACACAACCAAGCGUAUGGCCAGCAUCACACCAAUGACGUUGUUGGAAUCUGCAGAAACUGAGAUUGGAGAAAAAAAGUACACUUUUGUAGAUCUUUUCAGGACUCCCAAUAUUAGAAAACUUGCCAUUUGCACAGGCAUAGUGUGGUAUGGAGUUGCAUUUACAUAUUAUGGGAUAUGUCUGAAUAUCAGCGGCUUUGGACUAAACCCAUACCUCACACAAUUCAUAUUUGCAUCCAUUGAAGUGCCAAUAAAAAUCGGUAUAUAUUUCUUCCUGGAGAAACUUGGUAGAAGGCUUAGCCAGAUUACUUCCUUGCUGGGAACUGGUCUUUGUCUCUUCAUCAACAUGUUUGCUUCAAAAGAUCAGUCGGCGGUUCGUACCACUGUCGCAGUUCUUGGAAAAUCCAUGUCUGAGGCCUCAUUUGUAGUCAUUUUCCUCUACACUACUGAACUCUAUCCUACAGUCGUACGUCAGAAUGGUUUAGGCUACACAUCGGUUUUAGCACGGCUGGGUGUGUCCAUUUCCCCACUCAUCGUGCUAUUGGAGGACGUGUGGCAUCUCCUCCCUGCAGUCAUCUACUGUGCAGCGGCAGUCUGCUCUGGUUUAGUGGCUUCACUUCUGCCUGAAACAUUAAACUCCCGCCUGCCAGAAUUCAUCGAGGACAUUGAGAAACCAAGGUAA